UAGUGCUUUGCCACCAGCAGAACGGUAACAGAUUGUGUAUAACGCAAACCUGAGAUGUGGAUGUAAUAUUGAUGUUGGAUAGUUUCCUUUGAUUUUACAGAAAUAGGGAUCAAUGAAAAUCCUGUGAGAGAUUAGAAGAGUGUGGUGCUGAAGAGAGACACUAAGCUGAAGCAGAUAGCUGGAAUAUGAUGCUGCCGUACCGUGUUGGACGAGCGUGUCAUGUGCUUGUGCUGGUGUUGUGUCUGUCUGCAGCUGAGGACUUCGACUGGACAACGAACAACCACGACUCCUUCUAUUAUGGCACUUUUCCAACUGGAUUUUCGUGGGGCGUCGGCAGUUCAGCCUAUCAAACAGAAGGAGCCUGGGACAAAGAUGGAAAAGGACUGAGCAUCUGGGAUGUGUUCACUCAUAAGAAAGGAAAGAUAUUCCUGAACAAUACUGGAGACUCUUCAUGUGAUGGAUACUACAAAGUUAAGGAGGAUGUCUCGUUGAUGAAAGACCUGAACCUAAACCACUAUCGGUUCUCAAUCUCUUGGCCCAGGAUCAUCCCAACAGGAAUCAGGUCUGACCAUGUGAACGAGAAAGGAGUGAAGUUUUAUAAUGCUCUUAUUAAUGAGCUGCUUGAAAAUAACAUUACUCCCAUAGUAACCAUGUAUCAUUGGGACCUACCUCAGGUCUUGCAGGAGAAGUAUGGAGGAUGGCAAAACAUCAGCAUGGUUAAUUAUUUUAAUGACUUUGCCAACCUUUGCUUUGAGCGAUUUGGGGACCGCGUGAAACACUGGAUAACCUUCAAUAACCCAUGGUCAGUGGCAGUUGAAGGAUAUGAGACUGGAGAACAUGCUCCAGGACUGAAGCUCAUGGGCACUGGAGCCUACAGAGCAGCUCACCACAUCAUUAAGGCACACUCCAAGGUAUGGCACACCUACGAUUCUCAGUGGCGAAGCAAACAGAGAGGUAUGGUGGGGAUUUCAUUGUCUGGGGACUGGGGAGAACCUGUGGACAUCACAAAUCAAAAGGACAUUGAGGCUGCUGAGAGAUACGUCCAGUUUUACAUAGGCUGGUUUGCUACACCCAUUUUUCAUGGAGACUAUCCUCAAGUGAUGAAAGAUUUCAUAGGCAGGAAAAGUGCACAGCAGGGAUUGGGAACAUCUCGUCUCCCAACCUUUUCCUCUCAAGAGAAGAGCUACAUCAAAGGCACCUGUGACUUUCUAGGCGUGGGCCACUUCACGACUCGCUACAUUACCCAAAAGAACUUCCCCUCAACCCGCAGCAACACCUACUUUACAGACCGCGACAUAGCAGAGCUGGUUGACCCAAAAUGGCCUGAUCCAGGUUCAGAGUGGCUUUAUUCGGUUCCUUGGGGUUUCCGUCGACUGCUUAACUUCAUAAAGACUCAGUAUGCUAACCCAAUGAUCUUCAUCACCGAGAAUGGAGUGUCAGAGAAGGUGAUGUGCACUGAGCUGUGUGAUGAUUGGAGAAUACAAUAUUACAAGGAUUACAUCAACGAGAUGCUCAAAGCUAUAAGGGAUGGAGUCAAUGUGAAGGGUUAUACUGCCUGGUCUCUGCUGGACAAGUUUGAGUGGGAUGAGGGCUAUUCGGAGAGGUUUGGACUGUACUAUGUGGACUUCAAGAACAAAAAUAAACCACGUUACCCCAAGGCCUCUGUUCAGUUUUAUAAACGCAUCAUUAGUUCUAAUGGAUUCCCCCAUCAGAGAGAGGUGGAGAACUGGAGAAGAAAGGCUACAGAGACUUGCUCCUCCAGCAAUCAGCUCCUGGCUGCAGAGGAACAGCGGAAUACGGUUGCCAAUAUUCUAAGACUUAUUCAUGAUCCUUUAACUAGCCACAUGGAGAUGGUGACUGAGAUUGUGGUUCCCACCGUGUGUACUCUCUGCAUUCUGAUGAGUGCCAUUUUUCUCAUGUUUCUGCUGCGUAAACGCAACUAGUACAGUGUUUUUUUUAUAUUCUGCUAUUAUAGGGACACUCCACUUUUUUUGAAAAUAGGGUCAUUUUCCAGCUCCCCUAGAGUUAAACAAUUGAGUUUUACCUUUUUUUGGAAUCCAUUCAGCCGAUCUCUGGGUCUGGCGGUACCACUUUUAGCAUAGCUUAGCAUAAUCCAUUGAAUCUGAUUAGACCAUUAGCAUCACGCUCAAAAAUGACCAAAGAGUUUCAAUAUUUUUUCUAUUUAAAACUUGACUCUUCUGUAGUUACAUUGUGUACUAAGACUGACGGAAAAUUAAAAGAUGGUAACUUUUAAUAGCUGGGCACUAUUUUCGGGCGCUGCGUAAUAUCAUUGUGCCUGCUGCACCUAUGGUAUGGCAGCAAAGUCCAUGAUUAUUACGCAAGAAUGAGAGUAUAGUUCCUAGCCAUAUCGGCCUAGAAUAUAGCAACUUAAAUUUUUCCUGUCGUUUUUAGUAAAUGAUGUAACUACAGAAGUAGGGAUGCUCAUAUCAGUUAAUUUUCCCGACCGACAACCGUAGCUUCUAAACCGAACAUUAACCGUUAACUUAUAAGAUUUUAAUAUGAAAUUGUCAUUGAGUAAAAAUACAGUUGACGGGUGUCUGUGAACUAGUAAAAACAAAACAUUUAAUUUGAACGUGCAAACAGCAGCGACAGAUCAACAACAGAACCAGGAUUCAUACAGAUAUUCA